AGGGAAAGGAGCCACUCUUGCAGCACUUUGGCCAGCCCACCCCGCUGGUCUCGCUCGGGAUACCCCACGCGACGAACACAACAACACCACGGCCAAAAGCGAAGCAAGAAAUUCCUCUUUCCCUUUCCACUUUCCUCCCCCAUUUCCACCCACCAUCCAGCAGGCAGAGGCCACCGGCCCCUCGCUCCUUGUCGCCGCUCUGGAUGGCCACCGCUCCCAACAUCGAGAUGAUCGCCUCUUCGCUGCGCAGCUGCUCCCUCAACGGCGGCGGCCGGCGGCCGGGCCGGCGCCACCGCCACGGCCACGCCAGGGGCGCUGAGGGCAGCAACGACAGCGAGGGCGUCACCGUCGAGCUCAACUCCGACGUCGCCCUGCCCUACCACUGGCAGCAGUGCCUCGACAUCCGGACGGGGCAAGUGUACUACAUCAACUGGGAGGACGGCACCCGGACGACUAUCGACCCUCGCACGCCGUCGCUUUGCUCCGCCUUGUCGACGCCGCGGUCCACCUGUUUCACUUCACACCGCGCAGCCUUCACUUCGUCGUCCAGCUCUGGCUACACCUCCGCGGCGUCCAGCGUCACCGGCGGCUAUGGCUACGGCUAUGAUGACAGCGACGGCUAUAGUGAAGGCUACGGUGACGACGAGGAGAGCAGCAGCAGCAGCAGCCGGAGCUCCGGCGUCUCGUCCGUGCUCUCGUCUUUCUUCCCCAGUAACGAGCCCGCCUCCAGCGACAGUGGGCACGCCACCAGCCACGUGCUCGUUGCGGUCGGGUGCAGGGCGUGUUUCAUGUACUUCAUGGUGCCCAAGAGCGUCGGCCUAUGCCCCAAGUGCGGCAGCUCCGGCCUCCUCCACCUCGGAGCCUCUUACGCCUGAGCUGCCAGCCUGCUACCACCUGGUCCCCCGUGAGUCACUACUUGCGAGGCGUGGUGCAAUUUCGUGGCUGUCAUGGACUACCGAAGACAGGGUUUUGUGCGAGGAGGUCCCCAAAUCGUUGCCACUGAUUCCUGGUUCCUGUGCUUGUGUGCCAAUGUACGGGACAAGGGAAGGAAAGAGACCCAUGUCAUUGCUUUCUCUAUGUCCUCGUGGGACUCGACGACAGAGACUAACCUUCCGUCCUUCCAUUUCAAGAGUGAACAUUUGUGCUCCAAUUAAA